GCCGUCGCUCUCGCCGCUGAGUACUGUGGGAUAGAAGAGGUAUGAUGGCGAUGGCUGCGCUGUGCCGGCGUUUUUCGGGAGUUUUGAGGCUGGCCGGAGUCGCGUCCUCGAGAUUAACCCACCAUGUUCUGCAGAAGGAGACAGCGAAAGUGGAGGCCUUCCCUCUCUGCGCGUUGUUGCACACCUCGCGCCCUCUAAAAGGGCUGGAGGAAUUUUUCGAUGAUCCCAAAAACUGGGGAGAGAGAGAAGUUAAAUCUGGAGAUUCUUGGACAGUAGAACAACUUCGAGGCAAGAGCAGUGAAGAUUUGCAUAAGCUUUGGUAUGUCAUGCUAAAGGAGAGAAACAUGCUCUUAACCAUGGAGCAAGAAGCAAAGCGACAGAGGGUCCCCAUGCCAAGCCCGGAGCGGUUAGAAAAGGUAGAAAAGUCUAUGGAUAGAAUGGAUCAGGUCAUUCAAGAAAGGGAAGAUGCUUUGCGGCUCUUACAGACUGGCCAGGAGAAGGAGCGGCCCGGUGAAUGGAGACACGACUUCUUGGGGCGCGUCAUUUGGUACACUUUCAGGGAAUGGCCAAUACCGUGGUUUAUGAACCAAAAGCACAAGAAGAAACGAUUCUACUAUUUGAAAAACGUCGAGCCUUUUAACAGGCUCCGUUUGGAAAAAUAUUUACGGAGUGAAAACAGGAGGAAAAACCGGGAGAGAAACAGACAGAGAAAGCUACUGAAAAAAUUCCCUCAUCUUGCAGCCAAGCCUGAGAGUUAGCGUGGAGUUGAAAAUGGUUUUGCACUUGGUAGGCUGGCAGACCAUCUGAGCUGCAGGAUGUGGUACAAAAUACUCUUGUAAUUCCAAAGAUAAAGUGAAGAUUGUCACGUGAUCUUUGAAAAGAAAAACCCUCAGUUCUUUUUCUUACCAAAAUAAAGUUGCUCCAUUUGGCUAUGAA